AUGUGCACCAAGUGCUAUCUCCGGAUUACGUAUGCGAUCCAGGACGCGCCGGCCACGAGCGCCACGAUGCACAAGACAACGAUGACCAAUUACGUCGAUGAUUUCUGCCUCACGUGCAAAACCACAGACGACCCGAAUCAAAUUGCAAGCACGGCUGCGACAACGCCGGUCGAUGUACCGUCGUGGCAGUUUAAUGACGCGGCGCCGUCGACACACUCGAGCUUCUCCAAGACCAAUCGCCCGAGCGAGACGUCAUACUUUGGCAUGAAUCUCAACCACACCACGGUGCGGCGGUCGAGCACUGUGGUGAAGGACGAGCGCGACUUUCGGCUCUCAAAGGAAGAGCAGCCGCCACUCGUGCUCUUGACACCGAGCCAAAUGUCGGCGCUCGAGGCCGAGACACCGACGAAGGAAGCGCCAGAUGUCUUUGAAGAGAUGCGCAAGUCGAUCGCGAUCCAAGAAAGCCUCCUGUCGGCGAUGCGCGCGAGCUGGCACGGCUCGACAGACGCGGAAAACUACAUGCCGCGCCGCAUGUCCCGCAUGGAGCGGGAGCGUAUGAGCGAAGAGCGCUUCGCCAAGGACUGCGACCGCUUCGAGGAGCUCUAA